AAAAUUAAACACAAGACAGGUGACGUAUGUGGACUGUGAUGACAUCUUUCCUUCUCAUUAACAUACCUGGCGCGAAAGUGCGAAGCAGGUGUGACUCGCCAUUAUCAGACGACCUGGAGCAGGCAUGGCUCGUUCAAGUGAGCGUUUGGUGCAGCCCCUUUGCUUCUCCAGCUGUGGGGAGGAGGACAGCGGCGAUAGCUCGUCAGAGGACUGGGGCCCCUCCCGCGGCCAACUCCGGAGAAGCCUCACCUUCAGGAGUCCCAUCCAAAGCCCAUCCUCGGUCUGCCGCACCCCCAGGGUCCAGCGGCACCGGAGGAGCAGCAUCACUGCGUCCCCCUCCUUCCCCAGCUCGCCCAUUCCUUACGAGGCCUGGAACAAGCUGAGGCUGUGCGAGUCGCCCAGCACACCUAAGAGUCUGUUCUCUAAAUCCGCCCAGCCAGACUCCUGCAGUAGGCUUCCCCGCAGUCACAGGAACCUGCUCUUCUCCUCCUGCGAGAAGCUCAGCCGCUUCCCCUCGGUCAACGUCAACCCCUUCACCCCAGAGACCGUCCAGAGGACCAGUGAGCACUACAAGAGGAAGAGCUGCAGGAGUGACGAUGAUGAUGAUGAUUGCCACAGAUCAAAAGAUGCCCAGACCUCAUCUGAUGAAGAGUAUUAUCUGCCUCCGAAGAGGCCUGCUGUGCGGGCUCUCAUGCUGUCUCGUUAUGAGAGCGAGUUCCUGGAGCUGGGUAGGCUGGGUGUGGGGGAGUUUGGCGCUGUGUACAAGUGCGUGAAGAGGCUGGACGGCUGUCUCUACGCCAUCAAACGCUCCCGCCACCCUGUCGCAGGCUCAGCCAAAGAGCAGCUGGCUCUGAAGGAGGUGUAUGCCCAUGCUGUGUUGGGCCAGCAUCCCCAUGUUGUGCGCUAUUACUCCGCCUGGGCAGAGGAUGAACACAUGAUCAUUCAGAAUGAAUAUUGUGAUGGUGGGAGUCUACUGGAUGUCAUUACAGAAAAGGAACAGCAGGGGGAGUUCUUAAAGGAGCCGGAGCUGAAGGAUCUUCUGCUGCAGGUGUCCAUGGGUCUGAAGUACAUCCACAGCUUAGGCCUAGUGCACCUGGACAUUAAACCCAGCAACAUCUUUGUCUGUCUGCGGCCUGGCUCUAGUGCAGGAGGAGAGGGGGACAGCGAGGAAGAAGAGGAUGUGUACCCUUCAUCAGGCGUAGUUUACAAGAUUGGUGACCUGGGCCAUGUGACCUCCGUCUCCAACCCCCAGGUGGAAGAGGGAGACAGCCGCUUCCUGGCUAAUGAGGUUUUGCACGAGGACUACAGCCAGCUGCCCAAGGCUGAUAUCUUUGCUCUGGGUCUGACGACACUGCUGGCUGCCGGCGUGCCAGCGCUGCCCCAGAAUGGAGACGAGUGGCACCGUCUGCGCCAGGCUCACCUGCCUGUCUUACCCCAGAAGCUCUCGGCUGCCUUCACCAGUCUCCUUCAGGGCCUGCUGGACCCCGACCCUGCGUUGCGUCCAUCUGAUUCUGCACUGUGCAGACACCCUUUGCUGAGGAGGGAGAGAGCUGGCAACAUGGCCGCAGAGCUGCGCAAGGAGCUGAACGUGGAGAAGUUUAGGACUGCCAUGCUAGAAAGGGAGCUGAAGGAGGCCAGGUUGGCAGCAUUGUCUCCCCGGCAGAGUGCUACGACAGGGAACCACUGUGGCCAGAUAGGCUCUCUACCCAAAACAGGCCGCAGGGUGGUUGGUCGGAAUGCUGCGAAGUCCGUGAGCUUUGGUGGCCUGGGCUGCUGAGUCCCACUUUCUUGGCAUAGUUGGACAUUUAGUUUUCAAAUUACAGAGCUCUUAUUCAUUUGCUCAUCUGAAAAGACAGCUGCCAUUGUGGGUCACAACAACUCUGUGUGAGUACAGAGUUGCAUAUAGUCGCAAGAUUGCACAAGGAGUUGAAAAUGGUUUGGAAAUAUGGACAUGUAGCAUGUUACUGAUGCAGUAAUGUAUUGUGUAUGAAUUGUGUAACACUGUGUGUUGUGUUUUUUAGUCACUGAGUGGAUUUUUGAGUUCUGUGUUUACAUGUGCUGCUUGUUUUUUUUUUUUAUAUAUAUAUAUAUAUAUAUAUAUAUAUCGUGUGUAUUUUCAUUUCACGUAACCUUGACAUUAGCAAUUGUCCAUUAAGAAGUCUUGCGACCUGUUAUGUGACCUGUAGCUUCUGCCAGUUUUACUGUAAUGCUUUUUAAACUGUAAAUAAAUUUUAGUUUUAUCAGGGAUCCCUGAAAAAUCCUUUUCUUGUGUUCAGUUUGAUCCUGGCAUGUCCUGAUAAUGGCACAGACCGGUUCAAAAUAAGGAAGGCGAGAUAACACAAAGGGGAUUUUCCCAGGCAACCAGAGAAGCAUUGUUACAAAAUGCACCCUCAUGGCAUGUGUCCAGGAGCAAUUUAUG